ACCCAGGUGGAUGACACACAAACGCUACACUGUAGCCCACCCCACCUCCCCUAAAAAAUGAAGCCUUUCUAACCGACUUUUAGCAUGGAGUCACGCUACGCUUUUUGCCUUUUGGUGAUUUUCUCCUCCGAGUGGACGCGGGUCUUGUCCUCAACUUGCAAGCCGGGAGUAAGAUGCGGUCCCUCGGGUCAUUUCGCGCACAUCCGCGCGACCCCCCGGGAGCUCCGCGCGCAGGAUUUGACGCAUUUUGGAGAGCUUGUCGGAUUUACCGAAGGCGAAGCGAGUACCGAAGUUGACCUUGCGAUCGCAGAAAGUUCGGCAAAAGUCGAGCUUCCACGCGCGUGGCAAGAAAACGCAUGUUGUUCUCAAGAGGAUGCGUCGGACGGUCAGCCAAAACUUUCCCAUCUUGAGAGCCGGAACGAUGUGGAAAGCGAGGAGAAUGUGGGAGAUGUGGAUUCAACAGAAAGCCGGAGGAGAAGCGCAAGGGGCGCAGAGACUUGGGCCGAUUUGGGAGCCGAGGGCGCGCGCGAAGCUCCGUAUCCCGAGCCGGUGGAGGUCCAGCUGGCCAGCUCCACAUUCGCCCUGGCCGGGGACACCGCGCAUAAUCAGGCGAUGGUGCACUGGUCCGGCCAGAACAGCAGCGUGAUCCUCAUGUUGACUAAAUACUACGACUUCAGCUCGGGCAGAGUGACGGAGAGUUCUUUGUGGAGAUCCACCGAUUACGGCACAACGUACGAGAAACUUAAUGAAAAAGUGGGGCCCAAAACCAUCCUGAGCUACUUGUACGUCAGUCCCAAUAACAAGCGCAAGAUCAUGUUACUGACCGACCCCGAGGUGGAGAGCAGCCUGCUCAUUAGCCUUGACGAGGGGGCGUCCUAUCAGAAGCACAGCUUAGCCUUUGAUAUCCUCAGUCUUCUUUUCCACCCCGAGCAGGAGGAUUGGAUACUGGCUUACAGCCACGACCAAAAGCUGUAUGUGUCUGUGGAAUUUGGGAAGAGGUGGCAGCUCGUACACGACAACGUCGUCCCGAACAGAUUCUAUUGGUCCCGAUUGGGUUUGGACAAGGAGCAAGGAAUGAUCCACCUGGAGAUCAACGUCUCUGAUGGACGGUCGCAGUACAUCACUUGCAAACUUCAAAAUUGCUCCGAGGGAAACAAGGGCAAGCCUUUCCCUGGGUUUAUCAUCCCCAACUCCCUGGUGGUGCAGGAUGAAUACGUUUUCAUCCAGGUGCCAACAGGAGGCCAGUCUGUCCAUUACGUGUCCUACAAAAGACACUCUUUCUACCCAGUCAAGCUUCCAAAGUACACUCUGCCCAAGGACUUGCAGAUCAUCAGCACCGAUGACAAUCAGGUGGUGGCGGCCAUUCAAGACUGGCACCAGAACGACUCGUACAACCUGUACAUGUCAGAGUCUAUGGGUCUUUUCUUCACGCUGAUGUUGGAGAAUGUGGUGAGCAGCGGAGGACCCGAAGGCAACAUUAUGAUCGAUCUGUAUGAGGUUGCAGGGAUUAAAGGGGUGUUUCUGUCAAAUAAAGUUGUCGAGAACCAAGUGAAAACUUACAUCACGUACAACAAAGGCAGAGACUGGCGGCUUCUGCAGGCCCCGGCAACGGAUCUCCAAGGGAAGAGGGUCGAUUGUGAGCAUCCGUACUGCUCAUUACAUCUCCACCUUCAUGUAUCGGAGAAUCCUUACACCUCUGGAAACAUAGUCAGCAAAGAUACAGCGCCGGGAGUUAUAAUUGCGUCAGGUGUGGUUGGACCUGAGCUCACCUCAAUGAAUGUCAGCAUCUUCAUCACAUCUGACGCUGGAAACACUUGGAAAGAGGUUUUUCAGGAAGAGUACAGCGUGUUCUUCUUGAAUCAAGGAGGAUCUCUGGUGGCCAUCCGACACACACCUCUGCCAAUUAGACACAUUUGGCUGAGUUUUGAUGAGGGCAGAAACUGGGACAAAUUUAGCUUCACCUCCUCGCCGCUCUAUGUGGAUGGGGUUCUAGGGGAGCCCGGGGAGGAUACCCUGAUCAUGACAAUCUUCGGUCACUUCAGUCAUCGAUCCGAGUGGCAACUGGUCAAAAUUGACUUUAGGUCGAUUUUUCAACACCGCUGCACUUCGGAAGAUUACGUGACAUGGCGGUUGGACAACGAGGGAGAAGUGUGCAUCAUGGGAAUGAAGAGAGUCUUUCAGAAAUUGCGAGUAAACGCUCGAUGUGUCAAGGCCAGAGAACAGUACAUCUCUCAGAUGUCAGACUCCUGUCCGUGCACUGAGGCCGAUUUUGAGUGUGACUACGGAUUUGAGAGGCAGGUCGAUGGGAGCUGCACUCCGGCAUUCUGGUUUGCUCCGUCGGCCACGUCCAGAGAUUGCAUCACUGGGGACAGUUUCCUCAAUUCCACCGGAUAUCGCAGAGCUUUGUCUAACAACUGCACAGAGGGAAGUCUGUUGAAAUACAGCCCCAGGCGGCAGAAGUGUCCCAGUCAAGUCCCCAAAGGCCUGCAGCUUUUCACCAGCGAGGGCACACUGGUGGCGACACUGCACAAGAAUGUCACUUUCUUGGUCUUUCUUGAAGAGGGUCUCGGCUCUACCACGAGCAUCACGGUGGACUUUGGCGACGGCACCACAAUGUCUUAUGUCAACAUCAGCUCUAUAGAAGACGGGGUCAAGCAUGUCUACAGCAAAGUGGGCAUCUACCAUGUUUCUGCCAUAGCAAGCAAUGUUUUGGGUUUUGACAGGGUGACACUCUACCUCCACGUCACUUGUCAGUUGGAGCAAGUGCAGCUGUCCGCUCCAUCUGUGGUUAUCAAGAACAAAGUUGUAAACUUCACGACGACACUGCGACCCGUCAAUGUGGGGACGGUCACAUAUUACUGGUGGUUUGACAACAAAACGGAGCCUCUAGCGAGUUUGGAUGGAGGGAUGUCCUUCACCUUCUCCCGGGAGGGAAGCCACAUUGUCACUGUUCAAGCUUCGGUCGGGAGCACGGUCCAUCAGGACCAAAUGACAGUAGCAGUUUACGAUUAUUUCCUGUCACACAUUUUGGCCUUUUCCUCGAAUCUGGACGAUGCCAAUCCUGGUCUAUCCGAGUGGCGAGCUGACAUCGCAAGAGUGGUGAAGCGCUCCAUAGUCCAGGUCACUGCGAUUAGUGAGGAUCAGCUGCUGGUCACGGUGCUUCCUGGUCUGCCAACCACAGCCGAGAUUUUUAUUGUUCCUGAGAGGAGGCGCGGAAGGCAGGUUGUGGCGGAAAAGCGGCAACACCUAGAACAGCUCUCUCAGGUGCUGCUAAGUGCUUUAAACCAGGACCUAGUCCAGUUCACACUCAAGGCGGGAGUGCAGGUGAACAUCUUUGCCAGCCGACUGUCGCCAGCUCCUCUGGUGGACAGCAGCGAUAGCAGCCACAGCAGCACCGCAAUUAUAAUGCUGGUGUCGGUGGCUCUGAUGGGUCUGCUUGUCUUUGCCAUAUAUAAAUUCAAAAGGAAGAUUCCAGGUCUCAACACCUACACGGCAGAGCAGCCCGACAAAGAACAAGAGGUCGUGCCCACGGUGACCUCAAUGGCAGACGCCAAGCCCGAAGCGGACAAGAUGACCUCACCAGAUCGAGUGGACGUGCAGUUAGAUUCAAAGAGCAGAGGCUACCUGCCAUCGCACACAGACAUCAAGCUCUCUGAUGAAGCGCCCCAUGUGUUUUAAUGUAGAGCGUCCGUGAGCGACGCCCAAGCAAUACAUCUUCCCUGGCAGUUACUUCCAGCACGGUCACAAUGAAUGCUCUCGAGUGUUUGGCUACCCACGCAUGGACGGAGCCGUUCCGCGCUGCGCCGUGCCCGCCUAAUCCCUUCGAGGAGACUGUACAGAUUUAUACUUGCCCGGUCCCCAAAUUGGACUCCUUUUUGACUGGAGAUACUUGUAUUUUUGCAAGGACCUUGAUCUUUGUAUGUAAAUAUUGUACAGGACAUUCAGAAUGGAAGAAAUAUGUUUGUCUCCUGAGACAUACGUGGGGAAAAGUGUUGAAACGUAGGCUUGAAUAUGGCAUAUGAGGCAACCAUAGACUUCACUAUCAGUUGACGGGAAAUGGGGCACAGGGCUGCUCCGCAGGGGGCCUGUUUUCAAAAUCUUAAAAUUCAAAUACUUUCAAAACCAACCCCCGCUAGCGGCCUAAAACCGAACAGGCACCUCUCUUAGGCAGAGGUGUCGGAUCCCAUUAGGCAAACCAGGCUAUUGCCUAGGGCCCUCAGCCAGCAGGGGCCCCCAGAGGGCCAAAAGAUUUAGCACAUGCAGCUUUACUGCACUGUCGCAGCGACAAGUGUAGGGAGUGUUUCAAUACCAUGGAAUCAUUUGGCAGAUUAUCUAACGAUUCUGUUAUCAAUCCCAAACAGCACUAACAAUGUCACGUAGAUUAUACAUGUUUAAGAAAGCCCAAUCAGCUAUUAAUACCACAUGAUUGUUUAAGGAGUGACUCACCAAGUACUCUCUGGAAAGUCCUUGCCGAGUUGUUUUACGUUGAUUUUCACAGGCCACCUCAUUAUUCAUGUGACUACUUAAAAAAAUUGUGAUUUUUCCAAAAAAGUCUAUUAAUGGGUCUAUCGUAUUCCUUGUCAAAUACUCUAUAAGAAAAAUGUAACAUAUAUGCAUCUAAAAUAAUCCUAAACGAUUUUAUUAGCAAUUUUAUAUCUCCUUUUAGCAAGGUUCCUUGGGUAUGCGUACGUUCCCAUAGCAACCAGUCUUGUUAUUGUCCUACAUCACAUGCGUUGCGUAGUCUGGGAGCGAGAAUAGCGUAAGGUACGCAUUUCGGGCAGAGGACCUGUCAAAAUGUGUGCGUCCAUGAACAUACAUCCAUAUGAGUCAGUGUAAAGUGCUUAGUUUUCGCCACUUUUAUGGCAAAGAUGACCACACGUGCAUGCAGCGCGCACUCGCACCCCCCCACCUUGGUGUUCCGUAUACUGCGCGAGUAUGUAUGUGUGUCACGUGACUCAGAAGGGCCCCAUGUUGCUUGUUGCCUGGGGCCCCCGGGGACCCUUGCUACGCCUCUGCUCUUAGGCAUAUAUGAGUCUUAAUGAGCAGCAGCAUAAAAAAGUUCAAAGUCGUUCCCUAAUAAAAUUCCGAUUAAUUAUUGUUUAUAUAUAACAAAACAUAAAAUGGCUAUAAAAUUCUCUGAUUUUACGAUAGAUGCACAAAAAUCAACAAAUGCAGAGAUAAUCACGUAUAUUUUCUGGACCUAUAGCAAUAUUCGACACAUAGGUUUUUGCCCGAAAUAAUAGCUUACAUUUUUUUUUUGUUUAGUGCAAUUUUGACAUGUUUUCAACAGCUAAUAAAUCACUCAUUUUUCACAUCAGAAACUUAAUAUUUGAGGAAAGCAUGCAGAAUCAGCAUAAUUUUACGCAACAAAAGCAAAUUUUGCAUUUUUCUCUAUACUAGCUCAAUCACAACUUAUUUAGGUGGAAUUCCGAUGUCACUAUUGUCUCAGCACGUCUUGCCGGCUAUCUGGCCCUUGUCGUUUUUAGAUUGAGAUGUUACUUAAAACAUGUGAAAGCCAAAUUUUUUUGUAUGUACUCAGAAAUGUCUAAAUUACUAGUUUUUGGCCAAAAAACGGGCAGUUGGCUGAAUAUUACCUGAUUAUUGAAUGUAAAGUUACUCUAUUGUGUAUGGAUACAAAAUCCAACAUGGCGGCCAUCACAAAAUGAAGAGCUUUUUAAGUUGAAAAUUCUUGUAAAUACCUAAAUCCCAGAAUUUCUAGAGAUCUGAACGUAAAACAUUGUAGAUUCUUGGUUAAAAGCAUACAACUGAGCAGUUAUUCAUUUUACGUAAAUAUUUCAAGCUAAAGUUAAGCUAAUUUUUUUCCAUUCAUUUCAAUUUUUUCAAGUUUCAAAGUGAAUGCAUGUUGCCAUUUUAUUUCAUAACUUGAACCCUCGACCAAAACACUCUUGAAACACUCCUGCCUGCUGGUAUGCACUAAAACCUUCGUCCUGUUUCCACCUAAAUCCAGCGUGAGAACGCAGCGUGUUUGAGCCUGGCCCGGCCCCCAACAGGAAGCCGUGAUGCAAUGUCUGUAGGAGCUGUCUUGUCAACUGAUAGUGAAGUCUAUGUAGGCAACAUAUGAACAUCCGGAUUGGAUACACAAUUUAGAAAAUUGCACCUGUCUUCAUGUGGGAAAACACAUUGGAAUGCCCAUCCGUACGCGUUUUAGAGGUUUCAUGUGAGCCUCGCUAAACUAGGUUAUGGCAAGAGCUGCGAUAAACACUGGAUUAGCUGUUUGCCAAUUGUAGGACAUCAAAAAUUUACAGGUAUUUGGACAAGAAAUGUUAAACUGAAGCUCAACACAUAAUUUCUUCAUGGAUUUUAACAAUAUGUUGGCAGAAUAUCUGUACAAGAUAGUAACUUUUUAGCAUAUUAAAAGCACAUUUUUCACUAAAUACUAGGAGUGUAACAAUACAUCGAUCUGGAUCAAUACAUCGAUUGGUUGAGUAAAGCUCCAAUCAAAUUGAACAUGGAUUUUUAAAAUGGAAGGCUUUUCAUUCAGAUAUCUGAAAAUUUUCCACAACAAAAAAAGUUUAAGCACGACAAAAUUGCUUUGUAUUUUUUAUUCAAGUGAAAUGUAACUGAUUGUGUUAAUAUUAAGAUAAUACAGUGGUACCUCUACAUACAAAGUUAAUUCGUUCCAUGACCGGUUUUUAAGUCGAAAUGGUCGUAUGUCGAGCACGAUUUUCCCAUAAGAAUACAUUAUAAUUCCAUUAAUUCCUUCCACAGCCUGAAAACCCACACUAAAUCCUUAAUAAAUACUGCUGGUACUAUUACAAAUGGCAAUUACACAUAGCAAAACAAAUGAAUUAAUAAUAAAAAUCUGAGUAAUAAAUUAAUAAUUCCUGUAAUAAUGUAAGGAAUCGGGUUCUAAUGUGGCAGACGUGUUUUGCGUGCUGUAUCUGAAUGCACCGAAAGAGAGAGGGAAAGGUGCGGUUGAGGUUUUACUUCCUUUUUUAAUGUUUUGUUGAGAACACCGUCAAUGGGCGGACAGUAGGCGUGUCGUGUUGCACAAGUUCUGAAAUAAAUGAUAAAAUCCUGACGAAGCUGGCGAUUUUUUUUGGCAAUGUUACCACAAUAAUUAUUGUCACCUUAACUUAAAAAAACUGCCGAACGGAGGCUCUCCGUGGACCGUGGAGAUCGUAGACAUUCUACAGCCGUAUUGUUUAGCCAGUUCACGGAUGCGCACCUUACGCUCAUAUUUUUUUUCCAUCUUUUCAAUUUCAAUGGUAAGAGUCACCCUUUUCCUUUCUUAACCACCUGCAACUUUCUUGAAACCUGUGUUGAUUUCUCCCACAAAAAAAUCCGCCGUGUGUCCGUCCGCGGUGCUGCCACGUCAUCGUAUUUUCGAGCAUGUCGUCGGAUGUAGAAACCAGUGUUGUUUUUGUCAACGAUGACUAUAACGAAAAUAUUUCAUCAACCAACAAUUUUAUCAUGAGAAUGAUGAGACGAUAACGAACUAAAAACGUGUUUUAGGAGACUAAAACAUCGCGAGAUAAAUGCCAGUUUUCGUCUGACACAACGUGAACGCGGCAAAAAUGCGCAAUACUUUCCGUCACAUGUUUACAUAGAGUGACAUUUUAUGUGUAGUUAGCCUGCAUCAUAGCAGUGCCUGGUUGUGUCACUCAAGUGACGCACAGCUGCUCUCCAGUCUCCAGGCUAGCAAACACAGAAAGAUUUGGUUUCUUAUCUUUGCCAGAGAGACUAUACAAUGUUGCUUUAGCCUUUAAAGUUCUGUGCUGAGUGAACAUCACACACUAAAUGUAACUCAUAGCAUUAGCAUUAGCCUAAAUCUAAAGCGAAUGCUAUGCUAACGGAGCGUGUCCUCUUAAACUCUCGGACAACUUUUUUUUUUUUUUUUACAUAUAAUUAUAUAGGUAUAAUUAAUUGAAAAUAAUGUACUCUUUUCCUGCUGAGUGUGUAUUAUCACCAAGUUGGUGUUGUCCUUGUAGACGCUACAAUAUGUGCUCGUCUGUCAAUGUUCAUUCAAAAUAGCUGGAAAUCUUUUUUUUGGGAAUAUAUAUAUAUUUUUUUUCAUCUUAAAGAUAAAAACAUUCUUAGUAAACGUCGACUAAAAUUUGACAAAAUUAGUCUUGAGUUUUCGUCAACAAAAACUAGACAUAUUUUAAGAUGACAAAAAUAUGAAUAGGACUAAUAAGUAUUAUCGUCCAAAUGACGAAGACGAAAAUGAAAAGGGAUGCCAAAAACAACACUGGUAGAAACAAAUGGCGAGUCAAAUUUUAUGUCGGAUAUCGAAAAGAUUGUAUGUUGAGGUACCACUGUAUUGAUCAGGCGGAACUUUUUUUUUUUUACAUCAUCAGUAAAUAUUGCAUUGUUGUCCAAAGAAUAUUUUAUGGUAUCGUCAUUAAUUUGGUGAUUUACACCCUUACUAAAUACUUUGUAAAAUUUAAAGAGAAGCUUUAUAUGGUGGUGCCUUGAGACACAAGUUUAAUUGUUUUUGUAGCUCAUAAAACUUGUAUCUCAAGUCUUCUCAACCUACUCAAGUCAAUAAAAAUGCCAUUGAUCCAUUCUAGCCUUUCAAAAUUAAAAUAAAUAAAUAAAUAAGCCCUCUAUCGUACUUUGAAAUAAAAUGCCCAAUACAUAAAGAACUCAUUGCCUGCCAUUGAAAGCAAUAAGGGUCCAUUUUGGACUUGGAGGGCCGGCAGCGAUUAUUCACUGCUCUCUUUUCCCGUCAAAAAGGAUUGGACAAAUAUUGCCUUCAAUUGACCUGAUACAUUACUAUUGACUGCAAGCCCUCCCACUUCAGUUUAGACAUCUAUCGCUGUCACUUGCAGCCAAUGAGUUCAAGACAAUGUAAAGAAACAUGCAUCAGCUUUCACUAUUGUCGCUCUGAUUGCUUGGGUUGAAAAGAGAAAACAAGGUGGAUAAGGGUAAAACAAGUCAUCGCUUCAUUCAUCUACUAAUGUCAAACCCAAAUGAUAUUCAUAGGCAGCAAAAGUUGUCACUUUUUGUUUUCCCACUCUUGACUUUGUUUACUUUUACGUGAAAGCAUCUUAUUGCUACUCCAAGACUGUGAAGGCAAGCGGAUUCAUUAAGCCCGCCGCAAUCAGGAAAAUCUUAUCGGCCAGAUUGCCAUCAAAUGAAGGUUGGCAAUAUCCAGCAAGAGGAAGGAGGGCCUCCACACGCGCAUCUGCGCGUUCCAUCACCACCGGCUGACGCUUAAAUUGUUCGGUGUGUCAUAACAAGAAUGCGAGCGGAAGAUUACGGCCGCUUCACUUUGAGAUGAGAAAUCAGUCUUGUUGAGUGGACUCUCUAAAGUCUUGAUGGCAAACUCAACAUCACACUUUUUCAGAGUGGAUCAUUUUAUAAGCAAUUUGACAUGUAAACGUGGCACAAGUCAUUUUUUUUUAAAUGGCAACAUAUAUUUGCUAUAGUGCAGUCAAAAUGCCUCCACUUGCUGCAAUGAAAACGAUUGAUCUUGGCAACAUAGCAGCAUGGAAACGGCGGUUUCCUCAGUUUGCAUCCACGCAGCAGAACCAGCCGUCUACUCAAGGUCGGCCCUCGAGGAGUCGGCAGAGAAAAGGUUACGGAUUUACCCAUCUCUGUUGCCGUGAGGGCUACUGAUACGAACAAGACGUAUCUCCUGUCAAGCGAGCUCAGCCUACUCGGCGGCAAAGCAACUCUUUGGGAAAAAUGCAGGAAUUCUAUCAAGGGUUUUUUUUCUGUUCCAAGUGUUGUCAGCAUAAUUUGACAUGAGUUUUUGGGGACCUUGAAAUGCUGCUGGUCAUGGACCGAAAGCCGCCACUGUAAACCUAUGAGCUUGUGUUCUUUCAUGUGAAUACUUGUGGUUUACUUGCAUGAUAUUUUGUUCCCUACUGCUUUGUACAUUUUUAUAUAUCAUUUAAAAAAAAAAAAAAAAAAAAAAGGGGAAUGUAAAUUGCUGUGUGUUCUGUUCUCAGUGACUCAUUCAGUUGAAGUGAUGUGUUUAUUCGGUGGGUUGUUGUUGGUAUUUUUAUUUUUUUGCAAAAUAAAGCAAAACAUCAUCGAAAGCUCUUGAAUUGCCACAUUUGCAAUGGAUUAUAUGUAUAUUUUUUAGCAUGGUUUAUACAGUGGGGAGAACAAGUAUUUGACACUCUGCCAAUGGGUUUUCCCAUUGGCAGUGUAUAAAUAUUGAUUGUGCUGCUCCAGUUUAGUGCUAAUGGUUUUAACUCGUUCACUGCUACGGACGGCCAUA